CCACCGGGGCUUCACUCCAAAAACCUUCCUAUCUGUUAUUAUAGUGCGUUACUUCAUGCGAGGACUCCAUUCAUUCCUACGCUGUAAAAGUGCACUUAUAUAGGCACUUCGGAUUAAUUUGGAUUGGUUCUUAUCAGUUGUGAUCAGCUGCUAGAGAGCUAAACACUACCUGUUAGUUUAUGCAGAAUUGCUGUUGAUCAGACAAAAAAUACAACAAGAUGGCUGGCAGGACCAUGCAAGCAGCGCGAUGUCCGACUGACGAACUCUCGCUGACCAACUGUGUGGUAGCCAAUGAGAAGGACUACAAGUCAGGACAGCAUGUGAUGAUCAGGACCACGCCCACGCACAAGUACGUCUUCACUGUCAGGACGCAUCAGAGCGUGGUGCCUGGAACCCUCGCGUUCAGCUUACCCCAGAGGAAAUGGGCGGGACUCUCUCUCAAUCAAGAUGUUGAAGUCAGCAUCUACAACUUCGACUCGUCCGAGCAAUACAUCGGAACUACGACUCUGGAAAUCGAUUUCCUGCAGAAGAAGAACGUAGACAGCAACUCUUACGACUCGGACAAGAUGGCCAUCGAGUUCAUCCAGCAUUUUAACUCGCAGGCGUUCUGCGUGGGCCAGCAGUUCGUGUUCAGCUUCUGUGAAAAGGUCUUUUUGUUGGUGAUCAAAGACAUGGAGGCGAUGGACCCCAGCAUCCUGAGGGGCGAGCAGAGCUCCAGCAAGAAAAACAAGAUCGAGGUCGGCUUGCUGCACGGUAACAGUCAGGUGGUUUUUGAGAAGGCAGAGAGCUCCUCCAUCAACCUGAUUGGUAAGGCGAGGUCUAGAGGCGCUCGACAGUCCAUCAUUAACCCCGAAUGGAACUUCGAGCGGAUGGGAAUCGGAGGCCUGGACAAGGAAUUCUCCGACAUCUUCCGCCGAGCCUUCGCCUCUCGGGUUUUCCCUCCGGACAUCGUGGAGCAGAUGGGCUGUAAGCACGUUAAAGGUAUUUUGCUGUUCGGGCCUCCUGGCUGCGGUAAGACCCUGAUGGCGCGUCAGAUCGGGAAGAUGCUGAACGCCCGAGAGCCCAAGGUGGUCAACGGCCCCGAGGUCCUCAACAAAUACGUGGGAGAGUCGGAGGCCAACAUCAGGAAACUGUUCGCUGACGCAGAGGACGAGCAGAAGAGGCUGGGAGCCAAUAGCGGACUGCACAUCAUCAUCUUCGAUGAGAUCGAUGCCAUUUGCAAGCAGCGAGGGAGCAUGGCAGGGAGCACCGGCGUCCACGACACCGUCGUCAACCAGCUUCUGUCCAAGAUCGACGGUGUGGAGCAGCUCAACAACAUCCUGGUUAUAGGCAUGACCAAUCGACCUGACCUGAUCGACGAAGCUCUGCUGAGACCUGGAAGACUGGAGGUCAAGAUGGAGAUUGGUCUGCCGGACGAGACGGGCCGUUUGCAGAUCCUGAACAUCCACACGGGCAAAAUGAAGCAGGCCAACCUGCUGGGGGCUGACGUGGACAUCAAGGAGCUGGCCGUCGAGACCAAGAACUACAGCGGGGCGGAGUUAGAGGGGCUCGUACGAGCAGCGCAGUCCACGGCCAUGAACCGUCACAUCAAGGCCAGUGCUCACGUGGAGGUGGACACUGAAAAGGCCCGGUCGCUGCAGGUCACCCGGACUGACUUCUUGGCGUCGCUCAAUAAUGACAUCAAACCCGCGUUCGGAACCAAUCAGGAGGAUUACACCAGCUACAUCCUGAACGGCAUUGUGAAGUGGAGUAACGUCGUGUCGGAUGUCCUGGGAGACGGAGAACUGCUGGUGCAGCAGACCAAAAACAGCGAGCGCACACCGCUAGUGACGGUGCUGCUGGAGGGUCCACCUCACAGCGGGAAGACCGCAUUGGCAGCUAAAAUCGCUGAGGACUCGCAGUUCCCCUUCAUCAAAAUCUGCUCUCCAGACAAGAUGAUCGGCCACUCGGAGAUCGCCAAGUGCCAGGCCAUCAAGAAGAUAUUCGAUGAUGCCUAUAAGUCCCAGCUGAGCUGCGUGGUGGUGGACGAUAUCGAGCGGCUCCUGGAAUUUGUUCCGAUCGGACCUCGUUUCUCAAACUCGGUUCUGCAGACCCUGCUGGUGCUGCUGAAGAAGGUGCCUCCUCGUGGUCGUAAGCUGCUGAUCUUGGGCACCACCAGCCGUAAGGGCGUGCUGCAGGAGAUGGGCAUGCUGGACGCCUUCAGCACAACCAUCCACAUCCCCAACAUCUACAAAGGAGAACACCUGAUCGAGGCCCUGGAGCUGCUGGGAGGCUUCCAGGAAGAUGAACGUGCGCAGAUUGCUAAGGAAGUCAAAAGCAAGAGAGUGUGUCUCGGCAUUAAGAAGCUUCAGAUGCUCAUCGAGAUGUCCCUGCAGAUGCCACCUGAGUACAGAGUUGGGAAGUUUUUGACUCUGCUGACAGAAGAGGGCGCAUUGGGCUCUGAUGAGCAGGUGACCUUUUAAAGCGCCGGCGCUGGAGCACGGCCACACACUCGCCGGCUGUCACGGCGCGCCAUGUCGAGUGCUGCUGCGGAAUCGACGCCGUCACGCCGUCCUGUCCAACACAAGCUCUACGGGUUAGCGACUCCACCGAACACUGCACACGGACACUGGGGUGUGUGUGUGUACACACUGCAGUGAUCAGUGCUAUAGAGGUGAAGGCUGCUGACGCCCCCAUCCAAACUGGAUUUGUGUUUGUGUGUGUGUGUGUGUGUGUGUGUGUGUGUGUGUGUGUAAAUAAGGUAUGCUGAAGUCGAUUAGUGUGUGUAUAUGCUUACCCUAGGCAUUAAACAUUCCUGUUUAAUCUAAAGUGGUGCCUUAGUCAUUAUGCCAUGUGUUUGAGGUGAAAAAAAACCAAACAAAAACAAAUGAUGAUGAAUUACAGUUAGACUCGUAUUCUUUGUGAAAGACUUCUGGAAUUUUCCUCAUUUUAGCUCCACGAUGGACUGUAGGCGUGUGAGAUGAAACGAUAUUAUCGUCCCUGCACGAUUGGCGAUUUUAUAGGACCUUAUAUUACCAAACCUGCCAGCCGUUAUGAUUUUUGCUACGCUUUAAACAAAAAAAAUACUCUUCUUUUUGUUUUGUUUGUUUGUUUGUUUGUUUGUUUGUUUUUUAAGCAUCAACUGUAUAAAUGUCUGCCAUUGUAUAAAAGUGCCAUAUUGAACAUUUAUCACUGCAGAAUCACUUAAAAAUCCACUUUAAGCCUGUAA